AUGGCCCCACGCAAGACUCGCUCUCAAGCUGCCGCAGUUAACAAUGCAGACAACACGACCACCUCCCAGAAGACACGACCUCAGUUCCCGCCUAUCUCGCCGAAACGCCGUCUGCAGCCUCGCGCGAUCUUGGAGGACCAGAUCAUCUUGGUCGACGGCUUCAUGGCACCCGAAGAAUGCAAACACUACGUGCAGUUCAUUGACAGCCAAUCACUAGAGCUGACACCGCCGAAGAAGAGAGGCGAGGCGGUACGAGUGAACUUACUUGCUGAGGAGACUGUAGACCGACUAUCUGUGACCUCCACAGAGAUGGCCGAGCAGCUCUACUCUCUACUCUCCCCGCACCUCCCUCCAUUCCCGUACCCGGCCUCGCUCAAGCGAGAUGGCGCUGAAGCGCGUGUGGUGCACUCGUUCAACUCGAAUAUAAGGAUGUACAAGUACACUCCAGGCCAGCACUUUGGGUGCCACUAUGAUGACUCGGUCCGCGAUCCGCAGACCGGCGCGAAGUCGGAGUGGACGCUGCUUGUGUACUUGACUGGCAUCGAGGACGGGGUGAAGGGUGGCGAGACCAUCUUCUAUACAGGUCAGAAAGGCAAGAGGGGUACGGAAGUCAUCACUGCCCCCUUGACCAGGGGGACAGCCCUCUUACAUCGACAUGGACACGAAUGCCUACUGCACGAAGGCUCGCCAGUCAUCUCCGGCACCAAGUACUUAUUACGUUCCGACCUGAUGUUCAUGGACUGA